AUGGAUGUUGCCAAUGGAAACGGUGAAGAAGAGAAGAACGGUAUUAUCGGACCAACAGCAACAAUGCUUGGAAGACGGGGCAGGGCCGGCGCCUGUCGAAGCGGUGAAGCAGCAAAUGACGACAAAGAAGAAGAAGAAGAGACGAAGAAGCAAGAAGCAGACAAUGAGAGGAAGACUAUUUCAAUUUGUGAGGAUCAAAGAAAGCGGAAGAUGGCGAGGGUCCCAGCCAGCACUGGCGAUCACGAAUGCAUGGGAGAAGACGACGGCGCAGAAGGAGAACGAGAGUUAAAAGCGUCGACUUGA